CAGCUGCAUCCCCCUCUUAGCAUCCUUACACAACAUCACCAGCCUGCCUCUACCCCCUUAUUGGCCGCAAUCAUGGUCGGACGAACUGUUGCAGCUGCUGCCCUCUCCGUCGCCGCCUUCGCCGGCUCCGUCGUUGCGCAAGCCAAAGGAAAAGCCACCAGAGAAAACCAUUGCCCGGCUGACUCCCCAUGCGCUGGCUUGUACGGCGACUGCGGAAUAGGCGCCUUCUGCCUCGGUGGUUGCGACAUCACCAUGUCACACUCCAUCGAGGCUUGCGUACCCAACCCCAUCUGCAAGAAGGGUGAUUACAAGAUGAACCCCAUGGACGACAUUCAGGACAUUGGGAAGUACUUGGGCGACAACUCCAAAACCAACUGGCAGGCGCAAGGAAAGCCCAUCAAGUACAAGGAGGAAGGCCUUCUCCUCACCAUGUCCGAGGACUCAAGUGGAACACUGCUCGCAUCCACCUUCUACGUGUGGUACGGCAAGAUGUGCGCCUCCAUGACUUCGAGUCAGGGCAAAGGUGUCGUCACCGCCUUCAUCAUGAUGUCUGAUGUUAAGGACGAAAUCGAUUUCGAGUGGAUCGGUACCGACAUCAAUACUGUCCAAUCUAACUACUACUCGCAGGGUGUCACGGACUACACAAACACUAAGAACCUGACUGUAUCGGGCGGAACGCUCGACUUCCACGACUACUGUAUCGAUUGGUCACCUGAAGAACUCAAGUGGGAGAUUGACGGCAAGGAGGUUCGAUCCGUCAAGAAGAGCGAGACAUGGAACUCCACAGCCAAUCACUUCGACUAUCCCCAGACCCCCUCCCGCAUCAUGAUCUCUCUAUGGCCUGCCGGAAAAGCAGGGAACGCAAAGGGAACCGUCGACUGGGCUGGUGGCGAGAUUGACUGGAACUCUCCAUACAUGACCAACGGGUUCUACAAUGCCGGCAUCAGAGACGUGACUGUGGAAUGCUACGACCCACCAUCCGGCGCAAAGAAGGGCGGCAGCAAGAGCUACAAGUACACCGACGCCAAGUCCCCCACCAACAACACCAUUGAGCUCAGCGACGACUUCGUUAUCCUUGGCUCUCUUGAAGGCACCGGUGAGGACCCAGGCGAGCCCUCCAAGACGGAAUCCUCCUCAAAGUCUACAAACACGGCCCUCCAGGUUCCCGGUGGCAUCAUCGGUGGUGGUGCUCGCCAGGAAGCUCCUACCGGUGCGGCAGGUAGCAGCGCGGGCGGCAGCGGCGGCAGCUCUGGAUCCGGCGCUUCUGGAGAUGGCAACGUUGUUGGAGGCAGCGAUUUCACGCAGGGUCUCAAGGGCCCCGAAGAAAACAAGUCGCUUGGUGUCUCCAUCGAACCCGGUCUUGGAAAAAUGGGUGGUUCCGGCUUGGCUAUUGUGGUUGCUAUCCUUGGCCUCAUCGCAUUGUAG